AUGAAUCACCAGCUUGAAUGUUUGGUGAAAGAAACGCCGGACGAGUUAUCGUGUCGCAAAAAGUAUUUCCCAACUGGUGAAUCGGUAAAAAGUCAAGAUUUAUUGUGUAGAAUCUGCGAUGACACUUUAACAAAAAACUCAUUUAAAAUUCAUCCAAUAUUGGGAAUUUUACUCUGCAAGCAAUGCUAUGAAGAAAAUAAAUCAGCGGAUAAACAAAAAUGCAUGAUAUGCAAUGAAGAUGGUAAAUUAAUUGAAUGCAAGAGUCAAAAAUGUUGUUAUUUAACUUGCGAGAAAUGCAUGACAAGAUUAAAUCCAGGAGCAAAAUCAUUUUACAAACAAGGCAAAUGGAAUUGUUUUGCUUGUCAUACUAAGCCAUUGUACAAAUUACGAGGAAUAUCAGCAGUCAUGGCAUCUAAUUCUGAAGAUCAAUCAAAUAAAAGGAUUGUAAAUAAAGCUCAGAAAACAAAUGGACAUCUUUUAUCACGUUCCGAUUCAACUUCCAGUUCCGGUACUGAGUUUACUAAAACUAAAAUAUUAGACACUAAUUUACCCUCUUCAAGAUCUAAACAUCAUAAUUUAACUGAAAUUUCGGACAAUGAAUCUCAUGAAGAUGACACGCUUACUAAUCGCCAGUUGCUUGAUUUUAAACACAAUGUCAAAAAAUUAUUUGACGGUUUAAAAGAUAUGGGAAAUAAAUUGCUUGAAGAAGUUGAUAAAGCUCAGCAGAAUUUUCAUUCUUCUAAACGUAAAUUAAAAUCUUCUGAUGUUGUUAAUAUGAUUUCUGAGUGUAAGAAUAUUAUUCAGCAUGUUCAAGAUUCGACAAAUAAACAGGAGAAAAAAUUAAUAGAGCGACACAAAACUUGGUGCAGAAAAUCUAAAAUUAAAAAUACACUUUUUCAAAAUAAUAUUAAAUCAUCGAAAAAACAAAAUGCUAAUAAAAAAAUUUAUUCAUCAGAUGAAGGUCAAAAUAAUAAAAUUACGUCUACGCCAAUUAAAAAUACUGAAAGGAUGGUUGAAAAAACUAAUUCUAAAUUAAAUGUAUCUGAUUGUGAUGAGCAAGUAUUUUCAGGUGAUGAAAAUAAUCAUAAUAAUAUUAACAAUGACACUGAUAUCAACGAAAAUCCAUUGGAUCAAUCCAAAGAUUUAUUUUCUGACGAUGGUUUUAAUGAUACACCAGCCUCACCUAAAUCCAGUAAAAAAUCUUCCGAUGAAAGUGACAAUGAAAAGGAUGAGCGAAAAAAGCGUUUUCUAAAAGUUAAACCUAAAAAUAAUUUAAACUCUGACGAUGAAAGCGAUUCAAGUGAAAAAGUUAAACCCAAAAGACGUUUGUCUAAAACAAAACUUGAUAAAAUUAGAGAAACAUCCAAGACUAAAUUAUUAGAUGAUAAAAAUAAGUCUUCGGAUUCAGAUUUUACUGAAGAUCCCACACCGACCAAAAGAUCUAAACAAUUAGAUGAUAGUUGUAUUAGUAAUAAUAAUAAUAAUAAUAAGACUGAUGUAAAUAUAAGUGAUAAAAAUUCUGUAGAUGUUGAUUCUAAUACAAAAGAAAAAAAAAAUACUAACAAUAUUUCAGAAUCGGAACAUGAAAAUAAUGAUAAAGAAGAACAAGCUAAAAAUGAUUUAUUAAAAUCUUCUUCAGAGUCUGACAAUGAAGAUAAAAAUAAAAAAAAUGUAGAUCAAGAUAAAAAUUCUAUAUUAAAUUCUUCAGAUUCUGAGCAUCUUAAUACUGAUGAAUUAUUAAAAUCAUCUUCUGACAAUGAAGAUGAUAAAAAUAAAAAGAAAAUGGAUGAAAAUAAAAAUUCUUCAUCAGAUUCUGAACAUUUAAAUAAUGAGGAUAAUAAAGCUAAAGAAGAUUUAUUAAAAUCUUCUUCAGAGUCUGAAAAUGAAGAUGAUAAAAAUAAAAAUAAAAAUAAAAAUAAAAAUAAAAAUAAAAAUAAAAAGAAGAAAGAUGAAGAAGCUAAAGAAGAUUUAUUAAAAUCUUCUUCAGAGUCUGACAAUGAAGAUAAAAAUUCUUCAGAUUGUGAGCAUUUAAAUGAUGAUAAAGCUAAAGAAGAUUUAUUAAAAUCUUCUUCAGAUUCUGACAAUGCAGAUGAUAAAUAUAAAAAGAAAAAGAAAGAUGAAGAAGCUAAAAAUGAUUUAUUAAAAUCUUCUUCAGAUUCUGACAAUGAUAAAAAUAAAAAAAAAAUAGAUAAAGCAAAAAAAGAUUUAUUAAAUUCUAGUUCAGAGUCUGAUGAAGAAAAUUUAAUUAAAAAAAAAGAAAAAGCUAAUAAUAAAAAUAACAGUAGUAGUGACAAUGAAACAACAACUAGUUCAAAAUCUAAAAAACGUAAAUUAAAAAUUAAAAAAUUUAAUUCCAGUGACGACAAAAAAUUGAAAUUAAAAUGCAUUGUUGAGUUGAAUCGACUGAGCAAGAAAACUUUAUCUCAACACUUAAAAGCUCUUCGUUUAUCGGCUGAAUAUUUGGAAAACAAAAAAGUUUCAAGCUUGUUGUCCCUCGAUGGACUUGAUAAGAAGAAGAAAAAGAAGAAACAUCGCAGUGAUUCAUCGACAGACGAGUCUUCUAACUCAAGAUCAAGGAAGAAAACUAAACUCGUUGAUGAAGAUGAGACUUUGCUGGAUCAUUUAAAGAAAGUCGAGACUGGAAACGGCAACAAUGACAGCAAUAAUUCUGCUUCAGAAGAUGAAGUUUCUGGUAAAAAAAAAAUAGUUGAAGAAAAUCAACCGAGUUUAGUCCAGCAAGCUGAUAAAAUUGCUAAAUCUGCUAUUCUUGUUUCUUCCGAAUCAAGUGAUAAUGAGGAAACACCUGAGGAGACUCUAAAUGAUUCUAAAAAUUCUAAAAAUUCUAAAAAUUCUAAAAAUGGCAAGAAAAAAAAUAAUAAAAAAAAUGACACUGAAGAUCAGGAUAAGGAUGAUGAUAAAGAAAAAAAAAAUAAAGGCAAUGACAGUUGGAAACGUAGCAAAUUAUUGACCAGUAAAAUCAUAGAUUCUGAUUCAGAUGUUGAGAAUUUAAAAGCUCAGGAAAAAUUGUCACAGCGCAGCAAAAAUGACGAGUCAGACAGCAGCAAUAAAGAAGCUGAUGAUGAUUCAUUCAAAGUUAAAAAAAAAACCACCAGAACUCGAAGACGUCGUUUAGAUUCUGAUUCAGACGUGAAAAUUUCAGAUUCGGGGUCUGACUCUGAUGACGAUGAUAAAAAAAAUAACGACUCGGACAGUGGGAAAAAAAAAGAAGGAAAGAAAUCGAAGCGUAAAAAAAGAUCAGACUCUUCGGACUCGAGUUCGUCGAUGGUAAAGAAAAAUAAAAUAAAGCGUCGUAGAAUACGAGCUGUUGCUGACAGUGAUGACAGCAGUGAUGAUGAUUUAAACAGUUCUCAGGGUGGAGCCAAUAAAAGCGGGCGUAAAAAUAUUCGGAAGGUUUUAAAGGAUAAGCAUGUGGACAAUAGUACUCUCCAAGCGGCUAAGCAAGAGGAGGAACGGAUUAAACGUAUGGCUGAGCGUCAAAAAUUGUACAAUGAAAUGUACGAAGCAAGAUUAGCGAGUGAAGCUAAAGUUGACAAGCUUGUUCUAGAUUUUGACGCUGAAACAAAGCAAGUAUUGCUGGAAGUUGAUGAAAAUUUGGUAAAACGUCUAAAACCUCAUCAAGCAAAGGGUAUCAAAUUUAUGUGGGACGCAUGCUUUGAAUCUUUGGAAAGAAUUAAAGAGUCUAACGGGUCUGGGGGUAUUCUAGCUCACUGCAUGGGUCUCGGUAAAUCUUUUCAAGUUGUAACUCUCUCUCAUACUUUGUUAACGCACAGUGAAAAAACGGGAAUAAAUACUAUUCUUAUAGUAGUUCCUUUGAGUACUGUUUUAAAUUGGAUGAAUGAAUUUAAAAUAUGGCUCUCGGAAGUUGAAAAUGGGGCGGAUAUUGAAUUAUACGAAAUGACUAAAGCUAAGACAAAUUUAGAGCGUAAAUGUCAUUUAGAAAACUGGCAAAGAACCGGAGGUGUAUUAAUUAUUGGCUAUGAAAUGUUCCGUAAUCUCUGCGCUAUCAAGGGUAAAGUACGUAAAACCGUACAGGAGGCUAUUUUAAAAACAAUCAUUGAUCCAGGACCGGAUUUAAUCGUUUGUGAUGAGGGUCAUUUGUUAAAAAAUGAAGACUCGGCUAUAAGCAAAGCAAUAAGACGGGUUAAAACUUUGAGGAGAAUAGUAUUAACUGGUACACCUUUGCAAAAUAAUUUAAUAGAAUAUCACUGUAUGGUACAAUUUGUAAAGCCAAAUUUACUUGGUACAAAAAAAGAAUUUUCAAACCGAUUUGUUAAUCCCAUUCAAAAUGGACAAUUUGAUGAUUCAACAGAGUAUGACGUAAAGCUUAUGAAAAAACGUGCCCAUGUACUUCAUAAAAUGCUAGAGGGUAGCGUUCAACGCUUUGAUUAUUCCGUUCUAACUCCUUUUUUACCUCCCAAACAGGAGUACGUUAUCUCAAUAAGAUUGACACCAGUACAAGUUAAAUUAUACCAGUAUUACAUUGAUAAUUUUGCACGAAAGCACAAAGGAGUUGGUGGGUCACUUUUUGCUGACUUUCAAGCUCUGUCCCGUCUUUGGACUCAUCCGUUUGUCGUUAAGCUUCAUACGGAAAACAGCGAGAGAAUUCAGCAGAAAAAACGAGAAGCUGAAACUGACUCCGAGGGCUCGCUUAAGGAUUUUAUUGACGAUGGCAGUGACAGCGAGUCAAGUGUGAGUUCUUCCAAUUCCAGCAAUAGCACCAAUGAAAGUGAUGUUAUUUCUCUGGAUGAUGAGGAUGGAAAGAAGAGUAAAAAUAAUAAACGACUACCACUCAAGCGAGGCACUCGUGCUAAUCCAGUCGCUGAGCCAGAGAUUCCCGAGCCGGAAGAAGCCCCAGCUGAGAAUAAAGAAUGGUGGACUGAAUUUAUCAAAGAAGAAGACUUUGAUGAUAUGAGAUUGUCCGCUAAGUUGAUGAUUUUAUUUGAUAUUAUUAAAGAAGCUGAGGCUAUUGGUGAUAAAGUUCUUGUAUUUUCACAAUCUUUGUACUCGUUGACUUUAAUUGAGAAAUUUUUAGGAAUGAUUGACGAUGAGACCCAAAACGGCAAAGAAUUGGAGAAUUUAGAUAAACACACUGGCUGUUGGGCGAUAGGUCAAGAUUAUUUCAGAUUUGACGGGCAAACUUCUGCGGAAAAUCGGAGCCACUGGGUUAAAAGCUUCAACAAACCUUCCAACACUCGAGCUAGAUUAUUUUUGAUAUCAACCCGCGCUGGGGGGCUUGGUAUUAAUUUAACAGCUGCUAAUAGAGUUGUUAUUUUUGACGCCAGUUGGAAUCCUUCUCACGAUGUACAAAGUAUAUUUAGAAUUUACAGAUUUGGGCAAAAAAAACCCUGCUAUGUUUAUCGUUUAUUAGCUGCUGGUACUAUGGAGGAAAAAAUUUACAAUCGGCAAGUCACUAAAUUGUCAUUGUCAUGCCGAGUUGUUGAUGAACUUCAAAUAGAACGGCACUACAGCAACAAUGAUCUUGCUGAGCUGUACAGAUUUGAUCCACCGAGUGAAACUACACCCGAUUUGGCGCUGCCCAAAGACCGUCUACUCGCUGAAAUAUUUUUACGGCACAAAAAUUUAGUCGAGACCUUCCACGAGCAUGAUUCUUUAUUAGAAAAUAUCGCGGAGGAAGAAUUAGACGCUGAAGAACGGAAACAAGCUUGGCAGGAGUAUGAAGAUGAAAAGGCUGGAAAACGAAUGAUUCCACCUCAGAUGAUGAUGAUGAAUUAUUCUAAUAUCAAUCCUAAUUUAGUUCCCAAUCAUCAGCACAUGCUCAUGAUGCAGCAAUACGGCAGCCAAAUGAUAAAUUCUCUUAAUCAGCUUAACAAUCCAAAUAAACAAGUUGAACUCUCGCAACUUAUGAGCAUGUUCCAGCAAGAUUAUCCUCAAUUAAAUCAACAGCAGCAUCGAGCUAUGGCUUUAAAAGCUCUAAGCAAUAUGUAUAACUAUGUUGAAAAUCAAAUGGUCGGACGUGGUAGUAGUUAUAAUACUGGCUCUGUUAUACCUAACCCCGUUAAUAGUGUCAAUAAUAAUCCUACUGCUACUUUGGCCAAUGCUCUCGCUCAACAAGAGUACACGCGGUUGCAUUCUGGGGGUGGAUACAAUCAACAGAAUCUUACUCCACAGCAACGGCAAAUGAUGUACUCUCAAUCUUUCGGGAAUAAUUCUUUUGGGAAGAUUCAACAAAAGACACCUGUUAAUCCUCCUCCUACAACAACAACAACAACAACAACAACAACAACAACUGCUUCUAAACAAUCUGUCAGUAAUGAUGACAGUGAUGAUAUUAUUGAGAUACCUUCCAGUAGUAGUAAUAGUAGUAGUAGUAGUAGUAGUAGUAGCAGUAGCAGCAGCAGCAGCAGCAGAGUUAAUCAAGCCAGUAAUGCCCCCAAGAGACAGGAAGAAUAA